UUUAAUUCUGCCUUAAGGCACAGGCCAAACUGAGACAGCCGAAUUGCAGAAAGAAUUGCACUGUAAAGUGACACGCCGGUUCUGCUCAUCUGACAGUUCUGAAGAAGAAGGCAUCAAAAGGACAACUUCCUGUGUGGCUCUUGCCACACAGCAAAGAGCAACCAGUAACCACGGCAAAAAACAAGGGCAAUUUGAGGCUGCAACAGUAAACACAUUUGCAAGGGAGUAAGUUUCCACUGCAAUCAGUGAGACUUGCCUCUGAACAAACUGACUCAAGAUUGCCUUUCUUCAGCUACAAAGGACAAGCUCAGCAAGAAAACUUUCCACUGCCUGUGAAAAUAAGGCAACACUUGCUCAUUAGAAGGCGGCUUUAAGCUAUUUCUUACAUUCUGAAGGUGAAAACUGUAGUUUCAACUACAAGGAAGAAAAAGGAGUAUCUUUAAUUAAAAGAGAAAGUAAUCAAUGUAACUUUUUGUGUGUGUCAUGCUUUUUAUUCCAGGUCGUUGACAUGCAAAGUACAAAUUUAGACCAGUUUAAUCUUUCACUUUCACUUUUCACGGUCAUAUAGGCGAACAGACCCUACUAGCUCCUCGCACUCUGCAUUUCAGAUUCCUGCAAAAGCCUUACAAGAAUUCAAAGCAGUUCUGAGCAAGCUGUCCAUCCAAAGGAGUGACUCAGCACCAGCCACAGCUCUCCGCGAAAGUCGAAGAGGCAAAGCUCUGUUGCCACUGCUUUUCAGUUGCAAAUUUUGAGGAAUCUUCUGGAAGCGGUAAGCCAUUAAUCCACUCCUCCUUAAACAGCCUUGUAGAUCUAGAUUAAGGGACACGCGUAGUGCUGUGGGUUAAACUACAGAGCCUAGGAUUUGCUGAUCAGAAGGUUGGCAGUUCGAAUCCCCACGACGGGGUGAGCUCCUGUUGCUCAGUCCCUGCUCCUGCCCACCUAGCAGUUCGAAAUCACGUCAAAGUGCAAAUAGAUCAAUAGGUACCGCUACAGCGGGAAGGUAAACAGAGUUUCCGUGCGCUGCUCUGGGGGGGGGGGCGCCGGAGGGAUCUUUGCACCACGGCGCCGGAUAUACUUAAGACGGCCCUAACACCUUACGCAGGGGUCCAAAGGCAUGGCCCAAACCCGACUGAGGGUGUGGAAGUUAAGGAAGAAGCCUAAGAGGUGUGCUAGGGCGCAGAGCCGGAUUUAGGUUUGAUGAGGCCCUAAGCUACUGAAGGUAAUGGGGUCCUUUAUAUGCCCAGCUGUCCUUGGUCAACAACAAAUUGUCACUGUUUUUUUGUGUUGAAUAUAUGCUAUAUUGUCAUUUAUGGGCCUCAUAGGUAUCUAAAGCCAUUUGCACAUAACAUUACUUUUAUCAAAGUAAUUGUUGAGCUGAAAUACAAUUAAGAAGUAGGCUAGCAGUCGGGGCCCAUUACUUACACCAGGCACCCCCAAACUUGGGACUACAACUCCCAUCAUCCCUAGCUAACAGGACCAGUGGUCAGGGAUGAUGGGAAUUGUAGUCCCAAAACAUCUGGAGGGCUGAGUUUGGGAAUGUCUGACUUACAUCUUAGGAGCCUACACAACACAAAACACUGUUGCUGUAUGUAGGUUUUAUUUUAUUUGUUUUUUAUCUUGAAUUUUGGAAAUGUACAUCCAGUUGUUGUUUUUCUUUUAAUUUUUGGGGGCCCCCCCAAGAGAGUGGGGCUCUAAGCUAUAGCUUGUUUAUCCUAAUACGUAGAUCCGGCACUGCUAGGGUCUAAAUGCAAACCUGUUUGACAUCUGGAUCUCACAACUCUGGGAAUUAACCCUGAGAAACUUAUACCCAGGAGAGUUGAGCAGACAGGAAAAGCGCUAAUUUACAAUCAACCUGACAUCACUUUAUUACAUCAAUGCAAUAUGGGGACAGGGACACAGGUGGCACUGUGGUGUAAACCACUGAGCCUUGGGCUUGCUGAUCGGAAGGUCAGCGGUUUGAAUCCCCGCAACGGGGUGAGCUCCUGUUGUUCGGUCCCAGCUCCUGCCAACCUAUCAGUUCGAAAGCACGUCAAAGUACAAGUAGAUAAAUAGGUACCGCUCCGGCGGGAAGGUAAACGGCGUUUCCGUGCGCUGCUCUGGUUUGCCAGAAGCGGCUUAGUCAUGCUGGUCACAUGACCCAGAAAAACUGUCUGCAGACAAAUGCCGGCUCCCUUGGCCAGUAAAGCGAGAUGAGCGCUGCAACCCCAGAAUCAUCCACGACUGGACUUAACUGUCAGGGGUCCUUUACCUUUAAUAUGGGGACAGGCCUCCAACGAUGCAUGGCAGCUUGUGGAAUGAUACUUUUGACUGGAAUGUUAGAUGUACCAUAUUUUUCCAUGUAUAAAACGUCUCCAUGUAUGAUGCCCAUUUUGAGGAACUCCAAAAUAAGAAAACACCCCUUCCACACUAUCCGUGUAUAAGACAAGCCCCAAUUUUAAACCUGAUUUUUUGGUUUAAAAAACCUAGUAUGGAAAUGUGUUUUUAUGGAGUGGGGGGUAGGGUGGUUCAAUAUACACUUUUACCUUGGAAGUUGAACCGAAUCUAUUCUGGAAGUCCAUCUGACUUCCAAAACAUUCAGAAACCAAAGUCAACUGGAAGUUGCAGAAGCCCCAUCGGACGUUCGGCUUCCAAAAAUAGUUCGCAAACCAGAACAAUCUCUUCCGGGUUUGCGGCGUUCGGGAGCCCAAACAUUCAACUUGCAAGGCGUUCGGGAUCCAAGGUACGACUACACACUGUUGCUUCUUGUAUAAAUGUGUGACGACAACAACAAAUUUAGGAGAAUGAUCACACACACGAGAUGGCUAGCUUGUGUACUUUACGUAGGUUUCACAUGGGAAAUAAGUAUGGACCUUGCAGGUGGACAGGAAAUUUUUAACGUGUUUUCUUUGGGUGUGUGUGUGUGUUAUUUCUUGGUCUUCCAGUUCUGUAAGCGGUCCAGCAGUCUCAAUGUCCCAGAUGCACUCCAGAAAUUCUUAUUCGUCACUGGUGAAAGGUAUUCAGUAUUUUGAUGUCACCGGGGGCUUCAACCCUUGCAAACUCCUUCUCACUGGAAACCAAGCUUUCCCUGUGUUGGUGAGUACGAAGGGCAACGUACUAAUAGCCGCAUCCUGGUACGGGGCAGGCCGGAUGGUGGUGACGGCGCAUGAAGCCAUGUUGCAAAUGCCCCAGUUCCUGCCCUUCAUUAGAAAUAGCCUGGAGUGGCUCAAGCCGUCCCCAACAGCAGAAGUGGGCGUCCAUCAGAACGUGGCCACUCUCUCUGAUCUGCUCCUCAAGAAUUCUGUUCAGGUGUAUCCGAACGCCAAGCUUGGAGACUCCUUUGGGGUCUACUGUAUCAAUGCCUAUGACGACACACAAGCUGGAAGCCUUGCUCAGUUUGUAGAGAGAGGCGGGGGUCUACUCAUUGGAGGGCAAGCCUGGCAUUGGUCCUAUCAACAUGGAAGAGAGAAGGUGCUGGCUGAAUUUCCUGGCAAUCGGGUGACUGGCUUGGCUGGAGUGUACUUUACCGCUGAUGUGGGAGACAAUGGGGUCUUCCCUGUGCAACAGGAUAUACCAGAGGUUCCCCCAAGCCCUGAGUAAGUAUACCUCUUUAUCUCCAUUUAUUCUUCUUGGGAGAAGAAACAAUGCUACAGCCAAACUUUGGUUCUUGAACGGCUCCGUUUUCGAACAUUUCGGCUCCCGAACGCAAAAAACUCGGAAGUAACUGCUCCGGUUUUCGAACGAUUUCCAAAAGCCAAACAUGCUACACGGCUUCUGUUUUGAGUUUCCCUAUUGUAUUGAGGCUUCUGCUUUCAGUUGUCGAACGUUUCGGAAGUCGAACAGUCUUCCAGAACCGAUUACGUUCGACAAACGAGGUUUGAGUGAAAAUUUGUUUGAAGUAUUCCGUUCCUGAUAGCAUGUCCCAAUUUGGGAUGACCAACAGAUAGACCCAGCAAGAUUCAUUAUGGGGAAAUCCUCCCCCCCCCCCCGUUUGUGUAUACGGAGAGGAAGAAAACCAUAAUGAAUCUGCCUGCCCCAAAUAAUCAGAAAAGCGAAAACUUAUCCUAGCUGUCAGAUGUAUUAUGGGCCCUUAAGCAAUGCCAAAAUAAUGACAACAUACAAACCCAUUUUGUGUGUGAGAGCAUAUAGAGAGCAUAGAUAUUCUUUUACAGCAUAAAUCUAGCCUAAGUAUAAAUGGGGGGGGGGGUGACCUACCUACCACAUAAACAGGUUAUAGCCCUCAACAGGGCUUUUUUUUUCAGCCGGAACUCAGUUCCAGCACCUCUCAGGUGGGCUCCAUUGCCAUUUUAAGAGAACAACGGAGGCAUUCAUGGCGAGUUCCGGCCCCUCUUUGCGUAAAGAAACAGCACUGAUCCUCAGGACGAUGCCCCAAAUAAAAUUGGCUUCUAAGCACCAGUAGAAAUCCCAGCUCUGUAAGUAGGGUGUUUUUGAGGCUUUUGCUCCUCUUAUUAAGAGACACAGGUUUCACUCCAAAGUUUUCGUGGGAAAUAGUGAAGGAUGAGCAUCCCGAUGCUCUCUUGGGAUAAAUUAAGAAAUCACCCAAGUUAUUUCAACCUGAGCUCCCUCUGCAGUGACUGCCCUUCAAAAAAGUAGGCGUUUUGUCCAGUGUUUAAAAAAUAGGGUAGAAAAGCUAUUUGUCACAUGGCUCCUGGAAUGUCUAGCCGCCAUUUUGUCCUUCCAAGGGUGAUUCGUGCUGCGGUGAGAAAAGAGGCACUUUCUUACUAUCGAGUCGGGCAGGGAGGCAUUUCUCAGCACCAAUUUUAUUCUUAAGUCUGAGUCACCAUACAUGGCGACAAGACUUCUUGAAGCCUUUGCAUUCUGACAAUCCUCAGCCUCCUGGCUAAUUCUGAAUGCUGCUUUUGUCCAAAUCAAUCGGGUCACUCAGUGGGCUUACGAAUCUAUUAAGGACACACCAAAUAGGACGGAAUAGCUCCAUUAGUUGUUAUGGCGGCAGCAGGGAGACAGGAAGGAUAGUCCAAAGACCAAAGGCUGGGCAAGCUACAUUUUACCCCACUGAUUUUUUUCUCAAGCUAACUGCUGCCUGAGUAUUAAUAUAGCAGAGCUUUAAAAGUAUAUACAGUCGCACCUUGGAUCCCGAACACCCUGGAACUCAAGACGUUUUGGCUCCUGAACUCUGCAAACAUGGAAGUGAUUGUUCUGGUAUGUGAAUGUUCUUUUGGAACCUGAACGUCUGAUGGGGCUUCCAUGGCUUCUGAUUGGCUGCAGGAGCUUCCGGCAGCCAUUCAGAAGCUGCAGUUAGGUUUUCAAACACUUUGACAGUUGAACGGACUUCCGGAACGGAUUCCAUUUUACUUCCAAGGUACAACUGUACAGGGAAGAGCCAAAGAGACUGAAGUCUGGUAAGAUUGUACAUUUUUAGGAAGGUUUCAUGGGGAAUUACAGAUGGAUAUUGUUAUGUACUGAAAUUCUCACCCUGGGCCAGCAGGGGGAUACUGUAGAUAGUUUUCACUCAGGUCCACAUAUGUAAAUAAGGGAUUGAAAGUGACGUUCAGUGAUUGGAUAGUUGCAGAAAAUGGUUACUGUUGCGUUGUAGUGGAGCUCUAUAUAAGCAGGCUGGCUGAACCCUUCAGUUCAGUUCUGGCCUGUGAAUAAACAAGAGCUGUUUGAAGAAUCGCUGUCUCAUCUGAUAUGUUCACCCCCAACUUAACAGAUAUUGCAGGUGCAAAGCUCAUGCUCUUUUGUCCUCUCAGAUACACCUGUAGACCAGCAUUCCAAACAGUCCAGAGCGAGUCCAGAAAAUCUUAUGAAUCUUUGGUGAAAGGUAUUGAGUCUUUGGCUGUCCCUGGGGAGUUCAAUCCUUGUGAGCUACUUCUCACAGGAGACCAAGCUUUCCCUGUCCUUGUAAGUACCAACGGGCAAGUACUAAUAGCCGCAUCCUGGUAUGGGGCAGGCCGGAUGGUGGUGACGGCACACGAAUUCAUGCUGAAAAUGCCCCAGUUCCUGCCAUUCAUUAGAAAUAGCCUAGAGUGGCUUAAGCCAUCCUCGACGGCGCAGAUCGGUGUCCACAGAAGUUUGGGUGCCCUCUCCGAGUUGCUCCUCAGUAACGGUGUCAAGGUGAACCCUGAUGCAAGGCCUGGGGACUCUCUUGGGGUCUACUGCGUUGACGCUUACGAUGCCACGCAAGCCGAUGGCCUUGUACAGUUUGUAAAGAGAGGCGGGGGUCUGCUCAUUGGCGGACAGGCCUGGUACUGGUCCUAUCAACAUGGAAAGGAGAAAGCGCUGGCUGAAUUUCCUGGCAAUCGGGUGACCAGCGUUUCCGGGGUGUACUUCACUGCCAACGUGGAAGAGAAUGGGAUCUUCCCAGUGCAAGAGAAAAUGCCAAAGGUUCCCUUGAUCACCCAGUAAGUACACUAUUUAUUGUCUGUUUUAUUUACAUAUGUCUAAUGCAUACUUUUCCCCCUUGGUUUUAUAUAAUUUUACACAUUUUAACUUUAACCAUUUCAAACAUUAAAAUCAAAGUAGGCAGCCGUGUUGGUCUGCCAUAGUCAAAAAACGAAAUAAUAAUAAAAAAUUGCUUCCAGUAGCACGAAAGCUCAUACCAAAACAAACUUAGUUGGUCUCUAAGGUGCUACUGGAAGGAAUUUUUUUAUUAUUAUUAAAAUAAAAGGUUUAUUCAAACCUUCAGACUUCUUUCCCUCCCUACAUCGGUUCCAUAUUUAAAAUAAUGUAUUCUGCAUCUUUUACCCAUAUCCAUCCAUUAUAUAUCUAUAGUUACCAUAGUUAAUUCCACAUUACAAAUGUCAUUAUAUCCCUGCAAAUGAUUUUAACUGUGUACAGAGGUCUUUAGGGAUGCAGGUGGCACUGUGGGUUAAACAACAGAGCCUAUGACUUGCCAAUCAGAAGGGCGGCGGUUCGAAUCCCUGCGAUGGGAUGAGCUCCCGUUGCUCGGUUCCUGCUCCUGCCAACCUAGCAGUUCGAAAGCACGUCAAAGUGCAAGUAGGUAAGGAAGGUUACCGGCGGGAAGGUAAAUGGUGUUUCCGUGCACUGCUCUGGCUCGCCAGAAGCGGCUUAGUCAUGCUGGCCACAUGACCCAGAAGCUGUACGCCGGCUCUCUUGGCCAAUAAAGCAAGAUGAGCGUCGCAACCCCAGAGUCGGCCACGACUGGACCCAACGGUCAGGGAUCCCUUUACCUUUUAGAGGUCUUUUAAAUAUAUUAAAAAUUUACUGCAGUCUUUUAGGAAUACUUGAUCUUCCAGGUUUCUGAUUUUUCCCGUCAGUUUACUUUCAUUAGGAUGUAAUCAAGGCGGUGUGAAGCAGACAACUAUAAGAAAAUAGCAUCUAUAAAUAUCCAUAAAACAUAAUUAAAAAUAUCGGUAAGACAUCAGUUGAUUGUGGGAGUCAUAAAGCCACGGCAAAGGCUUGUAAUAUUGCAGGGUGCCCCCUGACCUCGGCUGACCAGCACUCUGAGCUUUACAAUGUAUUGGAAUGUAUUGACCUUAAAUGGAGUUGUAUUUCCUCUGGGCAGUGAUGACCUUAUAUGUUUUGUGGGUGGGUUAAAGCCUUGACCGGAUGAGGUAACGUGAGACUUUGGCAAACGGCCAUGCGGCUGGAGGAGAACAAAGGAUAAUAAAAAAGCUACGGGAGGAGAGAGAAGUUCGAAAGGAGCUGCUCAUACCAUCCUGAAAAUAUUGCUGGCUCUCUGUGUCUUUAUUUUAUGCUAAACUGCGCCAUUUGUAAUGGCUGGCUCCGACAGUUGAUAGUGCUUGGUUAAAAAGUGGAAUUCGUAUUGUGAAAGCCUGUCUAAACAAGACAGUUUUCUGAAGAUGUCUGAAAGAAGGCAGGGAUGCCUCCUAAACGUCUACUGGCAGGGAGUUCCACAGCGCAGAGCCUGCCACCUUAAAGGCUCAGACCCCAAUGAAGGUCGACUGGACCUCAGAGGUGUGUGGGAUCGCCAGCAGUGAAGCACUGGAAGACCUGAGCGAUCAAGGCAGAGUGUAGUGGCUCAGAUGGUACACUGGGCCCUAGCUGUUUAGAGCUCUGGUGAAUUACAAGAACAUUGAACCCAGCCUGGUAGCAAAUCACCACCCAGGGCAGCUGUCGCAAUAGCCAGGUGACAUGCUGCCAGUAGUAAAUUCUGCACUAGCUACAGCUUCUGAACCAGAUACAAGGGCAGCCCCGUGUAAAGUGUAAUCAAGCCUUGAUGUUUCCAAUGCAUGGACCACUGUGGUCAGGCUGUCAUGAUCCAGGAACAGAAUACUACCCCCAAGACAUUUAGUAUUUAAACUUAGUAUGAAGUAUUUAAUUUUAACAUUGCAUUUGUUUGUCACGAUUUGGCCUUAAAUUCCAAGGCACUCCAUUGUCCUGUUAGACCGCAGAGUUGCAGGAGCCUAUUGGGAGCUGGCACGUCUGGUUCCAAUAUAUCAGGCAGAGCCAAAAGUUCAUUAGCAAAGAGAACUUUUCACUAAGAACUUUCAGCUUCAUUACAGGAAAAAAAGCUUCAGAAAACUUAGCAGACAAUAAGGGUAGGAAAACAAAAGCCCACAGCCAUGCUUAAUUUUACUGUUUACUAUUAGAAUGCCUUUUUUAUAUUGAAUCAGAUUGUGGCUAUCAAUGUUUGAUGUUUUAUUAUGUUUUUAUAUGUGCUGGAAGCCGCCCAGAUUGGCAGGGACAACCGAGCCAGAUGGACGGUAUAAAUAAAUAAAAAUUAUUAUUAUUAGCCGCACAUGGAAUUGCCAAAGCAAGGGCUUUGGUUUCAAUACAAUGAGCCUCCAAGUGUUGGGACCCCCAAGAUCAUUGGCUAAACUGAGAGGCCUUGAUAGAAUCCAAAACAUUAGGAACGGGCAGAGUUAAGCAAUAAUGAUUCAGAUGAUCCCACGGGAAGUUAUAACCUCGCUUAAAGGAUUAUCUAUUCUUUUUUUAAAUAGGCAUGGAUUAGACAUUGAGGGUGACUUAAAGAAUCUUCUGAAUGGUGUGACGACCUUCUGUUUUAAGGACAUGAUCCCUUCUAACCUGCUUAUCCAUGGGAAUCUGGCAUUUCCAGUGGGCAUAACUGAUUCUUUCCAGUGCUUUGUUGGAGCCGCCUACUACGGCAGGGGACGUGUUGUGGUCUUCUCCCACGAAGGAAUGCUCAACAGACCAUCCAUGAAAACUUUCCUCCUCAACGCCAUCAACUGGGUUACUGCUGGAAAGGGAGGGAAAGUUGGCGUCGGAGACCAAUUGAAGGAACUUUACUCCAUGUUAAAUCAGGCUGGGAUCCCUUGUGAGCUAACCGAUCUUAAGCCUGGCUUGAGCGUGUACUGCUGCAACGCCUACAGUGACAGAGAGAAGGAAAGAAUCCACAAAUUCGUCUCUGAGGGAGGUGGUCUCCUAAUCGGUGGACAAGCUUGGUACUGGACUUAUCAAAAUCCCACCGCCUGCGCCAUUGCACAAUAUCCAGGAAACAAGAUACUGAAGAAAUUUGGAAUUGGGAUCACCGGGGAGGGUAUCAACCUACCGGGUGAAAGCUACCCAGUGAGACAGGCCAGCGCUGUUGCUUCAAGCUAUCACUUCCGCGAAGCACUCUUCCAAUUCAAGGAGCAUAUUCGGAGCAAGCAAGCUCUGCAGCCUCCAUAUUCCUCAUGGCUCAAGAAGCUAGGAAAAGACUGUGCCACAUUCCUGAGCAUCCCAGCUACCAACUCUCCGCCUCUCUCCUCAGUCCAUGAGGAUAUGCUGCAGCUGAUCAAGCUCAAUUUUUUUCAGUUGGAACUCACCAGAACCCAGAGAAUCAUGCUGAGCUCCGGCACCUCUUCUUCUAGAAAAAUUGCACUUCUCUGCAGGAUUUCUGGUGUCAGGGCAAGCAACCCAAUUGAAAGCAACUCAGAUGAAGCCGUUUUAAUUCAAAUGGCAUUCCCACUCUACAACAAUUUACCACAUUUCCAAGACGUAGUGCCCCAUCUGAUUCAAAACCUUCCAAACUAUCCCACAGCACCUCCUCAAGUCAUUCAGAUCAAUGGAAUAAAUGAGGGUGAGAGAUUUUGUUGCUUUAAACCAGUUUGUUACCACAGUAUUUCUCCCUCAGGUGAAUCUGUUCCUUUCGGAUUGUCUGGUUGCCUCCUUAUCUGAAAAUGGGUCGUUUUGCGAACUUGGCUCAGAACUCAUUUCUCUCAGUUCAGGUCAUGUUCCAAGUUGCAGUCCAAAACGUCUCUCAUUUAUUAACAGUUCUCGAAGUGUUAAUAAGGGGUGUCAUAGGAGCCCCUGGCACAUUUAAAGUGAGGGGCUUGCACACGUUGGCCUCCCCGCCCUGCCAUUCCCAGGAGCAGCCAGUGAGGAGGGGGCGACCUUGCUCCUCCUCAUCUCCCAGCAGUAGCUUUUCCACUGGCCAGGUGGGAGGGGAGAGGGGGCAAGGUAUGGGAAUGUUCAGGGAUGAAGGGAAGGAUAUAUUGUCUGAUUAUAGCCUUUCCAACUUGUGUAAACAAGUUCACAAUUUAGCAGAGUAACAUUCUCCUUUUUAAACUCGCAGCGGAUGUGUUUGCUCAGGCUCGCUAAACCCUCUAUAAUAACCGUCCUGUACUCACAUUCUGUUCACAAUCGGGUCCCAGAAGACAGACAUAGCUUAGAAAAGUAACAUACAUCUGGAAACUACAGUGGUACUUUAUUACAUACGCGUCAGGUUACAGACUCCGCUAACCCAGAAAUAUUACCUCGGGUUAAGAACUUGCUUCAGGAUGAGAACAGAAAUUGUGCUGCGGCAGCAAGAGCCCCAUUAGCUAAAGUGGUGCUUCAGGUUAAGAACAGUUUCAGGUUAAGAACGGACCUCCGGAAUGAAUUAAGUACUUAACCUGAGGUACCACUGUAUCUCAUAAGGAGACAGUCCCUUUGUCCUCUCAUGGGAAGCCAAGAGCAUCUUUGGCUAAGCAGAUGUUGCUUCUUCGAUGCAUUUAGUCAAACCAAGAGAUGGCUGUCCUGCCCUGUGCUUUUGUCGUUACCUGCACAGGUGAGGCCACACCCACCUCUAGUCACAUGCAGAGGAAGUCUGUCCCACCCCAGAAGAAAACAGGAAGUUUACCUGCUGGCUGGACAAAUAUUCCUCCCCAUGUGUAAACAUGUUCACUCUAGGAAUGUUGUACUUAACUACUCGUGUUUCACAUCCCACACAAGGUCUUGGGGAGAGGCUGGGGCUGUGUGGGCUCACCAGCUGUCAGGCAUACAGAGUCCUUCCCCCCUUCCAUAUCUUCACAUGUAAGAAUUAACAAGCAGUUGAUAAGAUUUAUAGUCCUUUUAUUGCAGCAUCACGUUGUGAGCACAAUCACGCAGCCCUGCACAAGGAGGUCAGUUGGCUGGUCUAAUCCAACUUCCACAGCAUUUUGGGCACCAACAGGAAAUCCCUCCCUACCUCUGACUCCUUUGCUCUCUGAUACGUUCAGACCUCCGAGUCUGUGGUGAAGGGUGGUCCCCCAUGCUCAAUAGAUGUCUCAACUAGCUACCCCCUUCCUUCUGGUUCUCGUCAUUAUCUCAGAACUGGGUAACUCCUCCCAAGUCAUUCAGCUUCUCUCUCUCUUUGCUUUUGAACAUGCUGUGGACAAGGGGGGCGACUCUCCAGAUCUCCAUCCGAGAGAAGCUGGUCUGCCAUAGAAUGCAUCCCCCAGUGCUCGCCUUCAGACCAUUCUGACACCAGCAGGAGCAAUGGAUUGGCCACACUGGGGCGCCCGCACAGCCCCAACCUGCUGCUUGGAGGCCAGGUGUGCAGCGGGGCCUCUUGACAUUGGCUGUUCCUGGCUGCGACACAAAGGAGCCACAUUUCGCAAACAUGGGUGUGUGCCCACAUUUGGCUGAAAUGUGUGCAUGCAGCACAUUCACUCAAAAAGCAAUGCUGAUUAUUUAACCCGGAUAAAUGAAAAUAUUAAGUAAAAGGGUUUUUUAACAAACAAACAAACUGUGAGAAGGCUCUAUAGAACAUGCUUCCUCAACCUUGGCCCUCCAGAUGUUUUGAGCCUACAAUUCCCAUCAUCCUUGACCACCUAUGAUUCACCUCCAUGUCUUGGUUUGGCCUUGCAGGAGACGAAGCCUGGAGAAGCACCGGCCUUUAUGUUCCUCCGGCAAAGACCGUCAGCUUACUCUUUCCGCCCAACGCCAUCAGUGCUCAGCUGCAGGUGAUGCUUUUUAAACCUCUGAGUCAGGGCUGUAACUACAGCUUUGGGGGGCAACUGGGUUUUAACAAUUAGCUCCUCCAUCUCUUUAAAUCUCUAUCAAGAGGAUCGGGACCAGACUGCUGGGAGGAUGAGGUGGCUGAUCAUUUCCCCUUGUGCUGUUUUCUUGGUAACCCUUCUCCCUCCCGGUAGAUCUCCACAUCAGAAUAGGAAACACUCCCCUGGGGAGAAACUUGAUCCCGUCCCCUCCUCCCUAGCCGGUUGUUGUGAUUGAUGGGUUAUAUUUCACUGACUUUUACUACUCAAGAGUAUAGCCAAUGAAAUCAAUGGCCAUGACUGAGGUUCAUUAUUUCCAGUGGGGCUACUCUGAAGAAAAGCUUGUUGAAAACAAACCUUUAUAACAUUGGUAUUUUAUGAGAAUAAUACAGCACAAGAUGAGGUGGUUUACAAGAACAGGUGCAGAAAAAUGCACCUUUGGGAGCCAAGCGUAGCACAACCAGGCCCCAUCCCCCAGCUGAAGGGUGUUACAAGGUCUACCUCUUUGACCCCCAGGCUCCACCUCCCAACAUACUAGUCUCUGCCUCCCAAUUCACCAGGGUCCAUUAAUUUCAAUGUGACUACUCUGAGCAAAAGUUAGUUGAAUACAACCCUGUAUAUAAUUAGCAUUUUAUUUAUUGAUUUAUCUGUACAUUGGGUUUUGACGGGAUUCUUUUAUUAUCCACUUGUUGUGGGACCUACAACUUUUAUCUUUUUUUUUACACCUUUGAGCACCAACCUGCAAUUCCCAGCAUGCCAGUCCCUCCCCCAACUAACCAAUCUCCACUUCCUCACUCACAGAAAGACCUUCUCUGCCACCUAUGCCCUUCUCCCACCUCACAAGAUUGUUGUGAAAAUCGCGUGUGAUUAUAACCGAAUUGUAUCAUGCAGUCCCUUAGAUAAAGAGUGGAAAGAAAGGCAAUCGUUCCUUGAGUCUUCAAAAGUAUUCGGUGCCUUCAACAGCAGCAGACCUUAUCAACUGCCCCUUGGGGUUAAUAUUUUGCACCACCUGCUGGUUGAACCCAGUGUCUUUUUCUCCAGGUCCAGAUUGGCUGCCAUUCCGAUGACCUGAGCAAUGCUGAUAACUUGCUGCGUCCCCCGGUAGUGAUCAGGCGGUUUGAAGUUACGAGUGAAAGAAUGGAAGUCUCCAGCUUGUGGGGUGGCCUCUUGUACAUUGUGCUGCCAAAGAAGUCUUCCGUGGGCAACAUAUCAGUCACUGUCCAAGGGGCUUCACUGGCUCCUUAUUUCAAGCAUGGUAAGGGGGCUCCCUUUGAAAGAAGCAGGGGAGGUAUUUCGUGAGAUCAGAAAUCUGUUUGAAUUAAGAUGUGCAGGAACCCAACUGCAUCAUUAUGUUCUUGCUAAACAGGGCUGCCUUCAGAUGUCUUCUUAAGGUUGUAUAGUUGCUUAUCUCCUUGACUUGCGGAUCACGUAACUCCAUACCUUCCAACAUUUCUCUGAUGAAAAUAGGGCUGUCCUAAGGAAAAGGAGGGGACGCGGAUGGCACUGUGGGUUAAACCACAGAGCCUAGGACUCGCAGAUCAGAAGGUCGGCAGUUCGAAUCCCCACGACGGGGUGAGCUCCUGUUGCUCGGUCCCUGCUCCUGCCAACAUAGCAGUUCGAAAGCACGUCAAAGUGCAAGUAGAUAAUAGGUACCGCUAUGGCGGGAAGGUAAAUGGUGUUUCCGUGCGCUGCUCUGGUUCGCCAGAAGCGGCUUAGUCAUACUGGCCACAUGACCCGGAAGCUGUAUGCCGGCUCCCUCGGCCAAUAAAGCGAAAUGAGCGUCGCAACCCCAGAGUUGGCCACGACUGGACCUAAUGGUCAGGGGUCCCUUUACCUUUACAGAAAAGGAGGACCUUCUGUGACCAAAUCAGAAACCAGGAUGGGUUCUAUAAAUCUGUGACCAUCCUUUGAGAUUCAGGCAUUUUCUAGAUUACGCCAAAUCACACUCAACUACAUAAUGAAAAAUAAAGCCCACUCGGAGCAAGGGCAAACCUUCCCAAAAUCCAUCUGCCCUUUCUCUGAAGGUAUCAUCAGGACCUGAGGCUCCUCACAAACAAUAUUGUCAAGAGGGCGCUUAUUGUGGGGAAUACACUGACCAAAACCCAUCCAUUCCUUUUUUCUUUUUCCCUUUCUCCACACUAGAAUAUGCAGUUAAUUGUUAUUACUUCUUUUUGCAACAAAAUAAAUAAAUGCAUUUAGGUGAAACCAGCCUAUCUGCCUGGAAGGACACUAUCCGCCACUACCCUGCUCCCUGGGCUGAGUUAGAAACGGAGAACAUCAUCUUGACAGUGGCCUCAGAUGACGUGCGUGGAAUGGACAAUCCAGGGGUCCUGCUGAACACCUGGGCCCAGAUGAUGAGAGCAGUGGCCAAGUUAGCAGCCAUCCCUCCCCUUUUCCCCAGACCAGAAAGGAUAGUGGAAGAUGUCCAAAUCUCUGCUGGUAAGUACAAACUUGUUCAUAUACAGGGGGGUGAAAACAGUAUAGUCUCCAAUCCAUUUUGCACAAUCCUUCUGUCUUUAAAUAAGCAGCCACCGGAAUCUAUAAAAAUAUCCUCAGAGAUGCAUCUGAGCUAUAAGCUUGUAUUGGUUUAAAGCAUCAUGGCGUCCACAAAGAAUCAUUGGAAUGUGUGGUUUGGUGAAAAGUUGGCUAGAGCGACUCACCUGUUGCUGAGGGCCUGAAGGGCCUUCCCUUCCUUCUUGGUAACCAAUGUCACCAAGGGAGGCCAACAUGGGGCUUGGGAUCACCACCAUAGAGGGCUGUUUUUAAAUUCAAACAUUGAAACAGACGAAAUAGUACAAGUAAUUAAAAAGAAUGAAAGUAGGAAAAACACCGGGUUCAGGUGGAAUUUCAAUUAGGUAUUAUAAAAUAUUAGAAGUGGUUAUACUUCCAAUCCUUAAAAAGAUUAUGAAUAAUAUACUAGAGAAUGGAAAAACUCCGGGAUCAUGGAAAGAAUCCUUAAUAACUUUAAUACCAAAACAAAGAGCAGAUCUGACAAAUACCAAAAACUAUAGACCAAUUUCAUUAUUAAAUUCAGAUUACAAAAUUUUUACAGGAAUAUUAACAAAUAGACUUAAAAAAAUACUGAAUAUAAUAAUUAAUGACAACCAGGCGGGAUUCCUGCCAGGGAAACAACUAUAUAACAACACAAGAACAGUAAAUAUUUACUAGAAUAUUUGGAGAUGAAAUCAAACAAAAGAAUAGCAAUGUUGUUAGCGGAUGCCGAAAAGGCUUUUGAUAACAUUUCAUGGGAUUAUUUGUUAAAACCACUGAGGAUCAACAAAUAGGAUCAACCGCAACUGUGUUCAGGUCGAGAGUACGCCCCGCUUGCUGGUCAGGGUGUCUCAUUCAUUGAAAAGAGCAGAAGGGGAGCAGAGGCAACGCACACCCCUAAAAAGGCUCAGAAAUAGAAUUCUGAGCCCCAAAAGUGUCACGGCUAAAAUGGCCGCUGUUUCUUUAAUGCUUAAAAAAGCUGCGUCAGCAUGAGUAUAUAUAGAGUGAGAAAUGUUAGUUUGGUGUUGAGUUGGUUGGUUGGUUAGUGAAAGCUGGUAGUGUUGGUGUGUAGUUUGUCAGUCACUUUUGCAGAAAGACUUUUAAGAAUAAAAUCAGAAAGUACUCUGCAAGGAUACUAUUCUUGUGGACUCUUUUAUGCCGACAAGGGUCUGAGGACCAGGCUGAGGCGACAAAGGGAGGUCAGAACUUUUUUUUUUUUUACAAACACUGACAAAAAGGUAGAUGGAAGUCUAUAACUAAAAUAUGUAAGGAGAUUCAAUCCACAUGGGAAAGUACCACAUCAAAGGAAUGCUACUAUACGAAUGAAUCGUGUUGAACAGUAUCAAACACAAUAUAUUGAAGUAUUUGUUUUUGUAUUGUAUUUUCUUUCUUUUUUCCUUCUUUUUCUUUUCACACAGGUUGAGAUGUAUGGUUUCAAAUAUUUGAUAUUAUUUGCCUUUUACAGAGGUUACCAAUGGAAGUAUUUGUAAACUAUGCAUUUAUUUGUAUGUUUGAAAUCAACAAUAAAAUAGUAAUAAUUUACCCAUAUAUUUUUAGUGCAGAGCAAGAUCUGCUAGCAAGUCCCAUUUUUAAGCUCAGCAUCUUGGAAUCACGUAGGCAUUGCCUACGGAAAAACAUGGAUAUUGCCGCAACUCAAGUUAUUUUCAAACUAAGGAUACAGUUUAAGUUUUACUAUACUUAGUUUUCUUUUUUUCAAAUUUUUUUUAUUAGUUUUCCAAAUUUAUAACAAAAUUUCAACAAACAUAAAAAGAAAACAUCAAAAAACAAACAUUUAUCCUAACUGUAAUAAUUCCAUUUUUGUUAUCAUUGUUGGGUGACUUCCUCGAAUCCCCCUGGCUGAGUUUCCAUAUGAAUUAAUAGUAGCAGUUUUCCAAAACUAUUUUCACAUAAAAUUUACUUGGCCGAUUAACAUCUUUCUUUUCAUUUUGACUUUUAUCCAUAGUAUUCUACAACAUCACAUAUUUAAAUCCUAGACCAAUCUGUUACAAGUAUUUCUAUUUAAGUUAUCUUAACAUAUUUAAUUAAAUAAUCUUUAAAUUUCUUCCAUUCCUCUUGAUACUCCUCCUCCUCCUGGUCGCGGACUCUUCCAGUCAGUUCGGCUAGCUCCAAAAAGUCCAUCUUCAUCUGCCAUUCCUCCACUGUUGGUACUUCUUGCAAUUUUCAAUUUUUGGCCAGCAAAAUUCUAGGUGGCCCCAUAAAUCACUGUGAAUCAUUUACUUCAGCAAUUUUAAACCCAGACACAGAAAGCAACCCCCAUGCAAAUCAGAUUUUCUGUAUGUUAAAAUUCCAAUAAAAAUAUUUUUUUAGGGAGAAAUAACCACACAGUACAAUACAUACACAAACCACAGUACCUUAUUUGUUUUAAAGCUGAGGGAAAAGAUGCAAGUGAUUUAUCUGCAAAUGAUUUAUUCCGCUUUCAUGGAGAAACCUGCGUCUGUCUUACAAGUCCCCCUUGUCCCAACUCUCUCGCCAGGUUGGAUGCACUCUGGCUAUCCGAUCAUGGCUAACGUGGCGGCGUCAGAGGAGAUCACGGAUGUACAGCGCAUGUACACCAAAGGCACUUGGGGCCCGAUCCAUGAGCUGGGUCACAAUCAGCAGAAGGGUGGGUGGGAAUUCCCCCCACAUACCACGGAAGCCACCUGCAAUCUCUGGUCUGUUUACGUCAAUGAAACUGUGCUGAACAUCCCCAGAGAAAUAGCCCAUCCAGAGCUUAAACCAGACAGCAGAAAGAGGAGGGUGAAGGACUAUAUUCAAGGUGGAGCUCAGCUGAAGGACUUCACGGUAUGGACUGCACUGGAGCCUUACUUGCAGGUACAUAAAGAAGCUGCUCUAUAGAGUCAGACCACUGGACCAUUAAAAAUUCCCUCUUCUUGCUUUAUACACUGCCAGGAUUAUCAGACUGUCAAAUUCUCUCCAGCUGUCAUCUUCUAUCUUCUUUUUAUCCCAAAGGACAGCUUGACACAAUUGUUUCUAACAUAUAUCCAACAGAAGGAAACCAUUCCCAAAGUCAAGAGUCUCUUUGUUACUAAAUAUCCAUGGCUGGAGCCAAUUCUCUUUCUACCAUUCACAAAAAUAUCCCUUGCAGAGCCUGUCUGCAGAAAUAGGAAGCUGACUUCCUGUUUGGCUUCUGUUUCACCAAAUUAAUUAAUUUAAGCCUAAUUUCUUUAACAACUUUAUUUGGCUUUUACCUCUAAUUGGAAGCUCUGCUGCUUCUGGUGACGGAGUGCAGCUUCGGCAAUAGAGUGCAUUGGAGCCGUGAGCAAACUCAAGCCCCUUCAACUUUCCUCCACGUGCAAAAUGGUAGCUGGGGAGGCGAGUUUUCCUCACUUCUGCCGGAACCCUGGGGUCCCCACUCUUCCGUGGGGGGCUUUUCGGGGGGUGCUGAGCCCUGGCAGCCACCCUCAAGCUCUAUUUGCCUAAACCGUGUCGUCUCUUAAGCAGACAACAUGGAGUUCACCGCCAUAUCCUCCACAGCGGAGCGGAAGUCAGAUCACUGGACCAUUUAGACCAGUGCUGCCUUAACUGGCCAGUGACAGAAGCUGCUCCUACUGCUGCAAGCCAGGUAGAAUAAAUUGUUAAGGUCUUUCAUUCCUUCAGGACUCAGGGUUGUAUCUCAACUCUGCAAUAUUCAGGGUCGAGUCAUUGAAAACAACUGACCUUUAGUUCCAUCUGUUGAACUUCUGUAGGCCUAAACCUUGGAUUCAGCCAUUGCCGCUGAAAUGUGUGAUUGUGACUUCUAACUAAAAAUUCCAGGGUGGCGUUCAGCAGACAGAGACAACUGGCGAUGCCCGGGGGGGGGGGGUUGUUUUGAUGUCCCCCCCACUUUCCAAUGCAGACUCUCCUCUCCACCUCCAACUUAUCACAAACUGCUUAACAAAUACCCCCUUCAUUAUAAAAGCCUGUGAUAGAUUUAUAGUUAAACUUUAAGUCAGAAUUAAGCUGCAGUGCUACAAACCCUAGGAAGGAAGAAUGUCUUAUUGAACAUGAUGGGCCUUAGGACCAAGUAGGCAUGCAGAAUGUUCCUUUUUCUCAGGGACUUCUGGGAACUGUAGUUUUGUGAGAACGUUGCUUCCAUUACUGGAAUGACUUUAUAUAUGGGAAACGGAGAAAAUGGCAGGACUCGGAAAAUUCCAAGGGCUGCAGAAAUAUUUUUAUGAGGCCUAUUCUAAAACCAGCCCAAGGAGGACCAAGCAUGGUCAGUGGUGGGGAGUGGAGGAUCAUGGGAGGACAAAGGGGAGUGCCGUGCAGUGUAGUAGCAGGAAUCCUGAAGAGCAGCACUUCAUACUGCAACAUUUUGUUGCGGCUCUCAUUUGUUCCCAGAAUUCUCAAGGGCCGGGAGGGCGGAGCCACGUAAGUCAUAAAUGGUGUAAAACUGACAUGCUUCGGUAGCAUAGACACCCAGAGAGACAGGAUAAGCAACAGAGAUAUAUUUUUUUAAGUCCUUAGGAAAGGGUCUGAAUAAUUAUUAUUUUUCAGUUGCAGGAGGCCUUUGGCUGGGAGCCCUACAUCCACAUCUUCGCAAAGUACCAAGCAAUAACCCACAUCCCAACUGACAACAGCUCCAAAAUGAACCUCUGGACACGCCAUUUCUCUCAAGAAGUGAGCAAAAAUCUGGGUCCUUUCUUUAAAGCUUGGGGGUGGCCAAUUGAGGAGAAUCUCACUCAGGAGCUGGCCAGAUCCUUUCCCCCUUGGACAGAGGAUCCGAUGAAGUAUGAAUCUUCCUAAGGAAGGGAAACUAACAGAUUGAAAUUGAGCUGAAUAGAAUAUACUCGCAAACCAUCAACCAACAUAAGCGCCCGCUAUAGAACUGUAAUCCACGUUGACAGUGGUCAAUGAAUGUAUUCGUAAUGCUUUCUUCUUCCAUUUAGCCGCUAUUCUCAGUUCAACAGGACCUGAGAAUGCAACAGCGCUCUCCCCACUUGCGAUUCCUAGCAAUGGAAUUCAGAAACAUCAAUGCCACUGACCAUGGCUAGCAGCCAUUGAUUGUCCAAUUCUCCAUCCCCUUGUACAUGUCUUUUUUUUAAAUGUUUGGUAUCUGGUUAAAACUAUUAUAAGAGAAUGUAAAUUAAUCAACCUCAUAAACUGAUGGAGAAAUGAAUGUUCUUGAUGCCCUGGAGUAACAAAAUCAAUGAUAAUAUACAUGCAAAUUACUAUUACCAAACUUUUUUCAUGCAGUCGUUGCAAAAACGUGGAAAAGAAUCAUUUUUUAAAAAAAUUGUCAUUUGGUCCUUACACACUGCUUGCUUUGCUCUGCAUCCAAUGAAGUUCUACUCAGAGUAGACCCACUGAAAUUCAUGAACCCAGGUUUGUAGUCUCAGUUUAUCUCAAUGUAUGUAUGCUUAGUACAGCUAGCAUUUAAUAUAACCAUUUUUAUUGAAAACAAAACUAUGUGAAAAGUGCCUGCAGCAGUAGGAAGCACUAGCUCUUGACACCUGGUGGUCCAGAGGCAAUUGGAUCCACACCUCAAUGCUGGACUGAGGACUUUGCAGCCAAUAAUGGUGCUGCGAAUCUCAUGGGCGGCUGGGUCAAAAUCUAAAGAAACUGCUACAUGAGGUCUCAGGUCACUCCGCAAGUAUGUUAUUUGUAACUGGCCAGUAAUGAUGUCUAGUGGUAUUUUGCUAGCUGAGGCAGAAAUCCAAGCAGAAAUAACAACACAUUUUAGGAUUAUAAUACGUCAGAAUUUUGGGGGUUCUAUGCUUUUUUGAAUUUGUCAUUUAAAGUUUAUGAUUUUUCUAUUUCCUUCUGAGGAAACUGAAUAGUUCAGUGAAACGAGGUUUGUAGCUGGCAUCCCGUUAAGGCUGUGUUCUAUUUCAGGUUUUUCUGAUUUUUUCCUUAAGCUUUUUGAUUUUUAUUAUUUAGUUUUAUUUCCACAAGCUAAUAUUUCUAGUCGAUUACCUCUCGUUUCAGGGAUUUUCACGGUAUUAAUCCGAUUUGAACUGAUUUUAAAAUGAAAUGAUUUUAGAAAUGUAUCAUCUUACUACUGUUAGCAGCUCUGAGCCCGGCUUCGGCUGGGGAGGGCGGGAUAUAAAUAAAAAAAUUAUUAUUUCUUUCAUUUAGUGGUAUUUUGCUAGCUGAGGCAAAAAUCCAAGCAGGCAUAACACCACAUCUUAGGGGCGGUCCCUGAAACCCGGUAAGGGUUUUCAUUGCAAAUGUCACAAAAAAGCCACCAAUCAGAAGAUGAUUACAUAUGUAUCUUAUAGGUAAGGGGCG